AUGUUCAGUGUUACGGCAUUAUCGUCAGAAAUCCGUGAAUGGGAGAACAUUCUAAGUUCAGCGACACUCGCCUCGGCAGUUCUCUUCUUCUUGGGUCUUUUUAUCGCCAUGUACGCUCAUAUCAAGCAAUUGUUCGGUAUCGCUCCAAGGGAAUUGCCACAAGAAUGGACUAAAGGUUCAGCUGCAGCUCAUAGUUUCCUGAUCAGAGGUGAUACAAGUACAGAAUGUCACUGA